GUGUAUAUUUUAAAAAUGUAGUAUACAAAUAUAAUAAUGAUUAAUAUAGCGUCAAUUUCAAAAGUAUUGGCGGAUUUAUUAUAAUCAUACUUUAUUAAUACGCACAAAUAAAUUACUUUUUCUAAGUCGUUCGUGAAUGGGAUUUGAUAAUAAGGGUUGAAUUCCGGAUAGGAGAGGGAGAGGGAGGCAGGAGAGGGAGAGAAACCGUGUGCUAAAGCGAAGGAUCUGGUAAUAGUGUUGAUGCUUGGAGACGUGUUGUCGAGGAAACCUCUGAUCUGGGGUUCUACUAAGAUUUGAAAAUCGCAGUUGAAACAAUGGAUCUUGAUUUUGAUGCAUGGAUAUAAGCAUGUAAUUGCCUGUGUCCAUCAUUCAACCUAGGUGGAUUGUAAUUUAUGCAAUCAUAUUGAAAGAAAUAUUAGUUUCUGGGGUGUCUUUACAUUGGCAUAGAUGUCAUUCCGCAGCAUUGUUCGUGAUGUAAGGGAUGGUUUUGGAAGCUUAUCAAGACGGAGCUUUGAGGUUAGGAUUCCUGGUCAACAUAGGGGGAAAUCCCAUGGAUCAGUCCAUGAGUUGCAGGAUCAGCCUUUGGUAAUCCAGAAUAGCCCUUGGGCUAGCCUCCCACCUGAGCUCCUACGCGAUGUAAUUAAGAGACUGGAGGCUAGUGAGGGCACAUGGCCUGCUCGCAAGAGUGUUGUUGCCUGUGCUGCUGUUUGCAGGUCAUGGAGAGAAAUGUGCAAAGAAAUUGUCAGAAAUCCUGAAUUUUCUGGGAAGCUUACAUUUCCAAUUUCCCUGAAGCAGCCGGGGCCUCGGGAUGGAACCAUUCAAUGUUUCAUUAAGAGGGAUAAAUCUAAUUUAACCUACCACCUUUUUUUGUGCCUUAGCCCAGCUUUGCUUGUUGAAAAUGGGAAAUUUCUUCUUUCUGCAAAGCGAACUCGGAGAACUACUUGCACCGAGUAUGUGAUCUCCAUGGAUGCAGACCAUAUAUCAAGAUCAAGCAGCACAUACAUUGGAAAACUGAGGUCAAACUUCUUAGGUACAAAAUUUAUAAUUUACGACACACAGCCUCCGUAUAACAGUGGCCACCUUUCUACACCUGGCCAUACAAGCCGUAGGUUUUACUCAAAAAAGGUCUCUCCAAAAGUCCCAUCCGGAAGUUACAACAUUGCGCAGGUGACUUAUGAGCUGAAUGUGCUUGGUACAAGAGGCCCUCGCCGGAUGCACUGCACAAUGCACUCAAUCCCUGCCUCUGCUCUGGAUCCUGGUGGUACUGUUCCCGGCCAACCUGAGCUGCUGCCUUGCUCCCUUGAGGAUUCUUUCCGGAGCAUCUCCUUCUCCAAAUCAAUUGACAACUCUACGGAGUUUAGCAGUUCCCGUUUCUCUGACAUUUUUGGAUCUCGUGAUGAAGAAAAUGAGGGUAAAGAGAGACCCUUGACUCUUCGGAACAAGGCACCAAGAUGGCAUGAGCAAUUGCAGUGUUGGUGUCUUAACUUCAGGGGAAGAGUAACUGUUGCCUCUGUCAAAAAUUUUCAGCUGAUUGCUGCUGCACAGCCUGCUGCCGGUGCACCAACACCAUCCCAGCCUGCCCCAGCCGAGCAUGACAAGAUCAUUCUGCAGUUUGGUAAGGUUGGUAAGGAUAUGUUUACCAUGGAUUACAGAUAUCCACUUUCUGCAUUUCAGGCUUUCGCCAUCUGUUUGAGCAGCUUUGACACCAAAUUAGCCUGUGAAUAGAAGAAAACAAGGGGAAAAGGACAAUUAAAAUGGUAGAACAUUUAGUCUUUAAUGGUUUUUCAUUGCAUGGCAUGGCGUGCGGUUGUGCAGUUAAUGUGCAAAGUCAUUGCAGUUUGAAGGGUGCAAAACAAUGUGUGCACUGGGAGGAUUUUGUAAUUUUCUUUUUCCUUGUCAAAACCCUUCAUCCCUUUCUUGUUGGAUUGGUGUUCAUCCAAUCUCCCAUUCGACUUUUUAAGAAUCAAAUGGGAUUUAAAA